CUCCGGAACCGGAUGAGACUCCGGUGAUCAGCUGUAACCAUGCCGACUGUCAGCGUGAAGAGAGAUCUGCUCUUUGAUGCCCUCGGACAAAAAUACACUGAUGAAGAGUUUGAUGAACUAUGCUUCGAGUUUGGCCUCGAGCUCGAUGAAAUCACAUCAGAGAAGGACAUCAUAAGCCGUGAACAGGGCGAUCAGAAGGCCGAGGGGGCGUCUGAUGUAGUACUGUAUAAGAUCGACGUUCCAGCCAACCGUUAUGAUCUGCUAUGUCUGGAAGGACUCGUCAGGGGUCUGCAGGUCUUCAAAGAGAAGAUGGGAGCGCCACGAUACAAGAGGGUGAGUCCUGUGAAUGGAGCAGAGCCUCAGCGGCUGGUCAUAACUGAGGAGACGGCGUCUGUGAGGCCUCACGCAGUAGCAGCUGUACUGCGCAACAUCACUUUCACUCAGGAACGAUACGAGAGCUUCAUAGAGCUGCAGGAGAAACUGCACCAGAACAUCUGCAGGAAAAGAACUCUGGUUGCCAUAGGAACUCAUGAUUUGGACACCAUCUCUGGCCCUUUCACCUACACAGCCAAACCGCCUGGUGAUAUCCUCUUCAAACCGCUCAAUCAGAGCAAAGUAUACACCGCCACCGAGCUCAUGAGUCUCUAUAAGACUGACAGUCAUCUGAGACACUACCUGCAUAUAAUUGAGAAUGAACCUCUCUACCCCAUCAUAUACGACAGCAACGGAAUCGUCCUGUCUAUGCCUCCUAUCAUCAACGGGGACCAUAGCAAAAUUUCAUUAAACACAAAGAACAUAUUCAUUGAGUGUACAGCCACAGAUCUUACAAAGGCAAAGAUUGUGCUGGACAUGAUGGUGACCAUGUUCAGUGAAUUCUGCGGGGAGCCGUUCACGGCAGAAGAGGCAGAGGUCGUUUACCCUGAUGGCAGAAUGUGUGUGUAUCCUGAGCUGGCUUACAGGAUGGAGACGCUCUCUGGGGAUUUUAUCAACAAAAAAGUCGGGAUCAACGAAUCAGCAGAAAGUAUAGCUAAGCUGCUGACCCGGAUGUGUUUGAAGUCAGAGGUCAGCGGUGAGGAUGAUCAGAUCCAGGUUGAGAUCCCGCCCACACGCUCAGAUAUCAUCCACACCUGUGACAUCAUGGAGGAUGCAGCUAUGGCUUAUGGAUUUAACAAUAUUGUCAGGACCACGCCCCGCACUUACACGGUAGCCAAUCAGCUUCCCCUAAAUAAAUUAACAGAGUUACUGAGGCAAGACCUUGCCUCCGCUGGAUUUACUGAAGCUCUGACGUUCGCUCUGUGCUCACAAGAAGAUAUUGCUGAUAAACUUGGGAAAAACAUUGCAGAAACCAGAGCAGUGCACAUCUCCAACCCAAAGACUGCAGAGUUUGAGGUGGCGCGCACAUCUCUUUUACCUGGUCUCUUAAAAACACUCGCAGCUAACAGGAAGAUGCCCCUUCCUCUCAAACUGUUUGAGAUUUCAGAUGUCGUUCUUAAGGACGAAACUAAAGACGUAGGUGCUCGUAAUAACAGGCGUCUUUGUGCCAUAUUCUACAACAAGAGUCCGGGUUUUGAAGUCAUUCAUGGACUUCUGGACCGGGUCAUGCAACUGUUGGAUGUCAAACCAGGCCGUAACCAAGGAUACCACAUCCAGGCGGCCGAAGACUCCACCUACUUUCCUGGUCGCUGUGCUGAGAUCUUUUCACGUGGCAAAAGCAUCGGACACCUCGGGGUCCUUCACCCUGAUGUCAUCCGUCGUUUUGAGCUGACAAUGCCCUGCUCUGCCAUUGAUGUUGACAUUGAGCCAUUCCUGUGAUGUCAUAAUUCAAAUGAUUUAAGCCACGCCUCUCAAAUUCAUUCUAUGUCUUAGCUUCUCCCUCAAACGCUGUAUCCAUUCCUCACUGGCCACAUGUAUAUUUUGUUUAGAAAAUGAAGUCACUGUUUUACGAAUUCUUGACUUGUCUACUGCUAGUACAUGUUUUUCAUAUAAUAAAUGCCAUGCCCAUUUGUUUGUGUCCAGGACAUGGAUGCAUUUUACAAUGUAGAAGCAAAUAAAUAUGGAUGACUAAACCUAAUAAUGUCUAAAUUGCCUGAUUGUACAUCCACCAAUCAAACUGAAGAAAGUGUGUGUUGAAGGCGUGUUUACCAGCUUAUCCUGUCUAUUAACACAGAAGAGUGUUAAAGGUUGAGUGUGUGAAAUGUCACAAACAGGCAUUUGGCAUUGAACUGAGGGUGUGUUUUCAAGUUCACUCAAUCAACUCUAGCUGUUUGGUGCGAGAAAAGCAGGUGUGCAUAUGUCAUGGUGUCUUUUAAAAGUAGGACAAAAUUUGUAAUUUGAGUGCAUUAAAUGCACGAUCUUACAAUGAAUACGUUUGAUAAUGUAAAUGUCUUAACCCCCAGACCCAAGCAUUGAUAUUGAUGCAAAAAAAAUAAUAAUUCUCCUUGAAAGUGUUUAAGGAAGCCACAAGUUAUAAAAUCUAUUUUUAUGCAUAUUUUGUUUUGGGUUAGUUUUCGAGAAAUGUUGCAAAAUGGCAACUCUGAGCAUUUAGGGUUGCACAAUUUCAACAUGUUUUUUAUUUUAUUUCAGAAAUUAAAUGGAUUUCUGAAUUCACAACACAAUUGAACACAAAAGUAUAAAAAAAAAUUAUGUAUUAAAAGCAGAAAGGGUUAAUUCAUGAAUGGUUAACAAAUGUGAUUAUUUAA